AUGCAAAGCAGAGCUCUAGAAAUGGAUGCCUCAACAAUCAAAGCCGUGAUUUUCGGUACUGUUUCCCUUGCAAUCGGGCUCAUCGGACUGUAUCUCGCCUUUAAACAACUACAAGUUUCUCUUCUUCGGGUCUCCUUGCGCAGCAUGACUAUACGUCGGCAAGUCAAGAGCUACGAUGAGGGUGAAGCUCAGCAGAGCCACGAGCUGGCGGCAACGGCCGAUCGAGGAAGGCUUUUGUGA